AUGCGCUGGUAUCAUUCCUUGGCUCUUCCGUUGUCGAUCACGGGCCUUGCAUUAGGACUCAGUAGCGAUCGUCAGUCAUGCAGCACAUCAGGGUAUUUUGAACAGAAGGAGAAAGCGUCUAACAUCGUAAAACAGUUCAUGGUGAGAAAUGGAGUCCCAGGGCUAUCUGUAGGUGUUUCACGUAAUGGUCGAUGUGUUUGGGGACAAGGGUUCGGUUACGCAGACGUGGAACAGCUGGUACCGUGCAAAAGCGAUACAGUGAUGAGAAUUGCCAGUAUAAGUAAACCAGUAACAGCUGCUCUUGCCGCACGCUUGGUCCAGGACGGAAAACUUCAUUUGGAUGCGCCUGUUCAGGACUAUGUGCCGGAUUUCCCAAAAAAGAAAUAUAACGAGAAAGACGUUACUAUAACAAUCCGUCAGCUUUUGAGCCACACAAGCGGCAUUAGGCAUUACAAAAUGGUUACCUUUUCAUGUUAUGCUCACUUCUCUCACUUUGCCAAAACGUUGGUUGUGUUUCGGCUUAGCAUAUCUCGGUAA